AGCAAGUUUCCAAAUAAAUGGUCAAAAUUCAGAAAUGGAUGUUAACUCGGGUAGCAAUGUUCAAGGGACAUGGGGUUUCUCUACGAAUCCUGGUGAAAGCUAUUUAUCAGGUAAUAUCAAGUUGGCACCACCUGGAAAGGCAGUGGUUAACAUUGCACUUUUCAAGUCUGAGUUUAAUAUUGUGACGUAUCCAAAGUAUUCUGGGAGAGGAUGGUCAGUUACACACAGUCAGAAUACCAAAAAGAUAGUUCUGAAUGUCAUUAAAGCGAAUACAGAUGAUGAUGGCGAAUAUACCCUGGAAUUAACAUAUUUGUCAAGUGCUGGAACGCCAUUAACAGACACAUACGGAAUAAGGCUCAACGUUCUUGGUAAGUUGCGAGUAUUUACUACAUGCUUUCGUGGUUUCUUGGCCUAUAUGUAGGAUACAAUUCUUUCGAAUUUUAGUUGUUCAUUUUACAAACGGAAUUAUGUCGACACUGUAAUUAUUCAAGAUCCCAUGCAUGCAACAAUACAUUGUACAGUUUCUCUUGGACUGUGGAACGAGGAGGCAAGGGGAAUGGAGGCUCUGACGUCGACCCCCCCCCAAAAAAAAAAAGUAGAAGGCGACUACGCCUCUCCAAAGUUAAGGUUAUUAGUUUUGGGGGCACAGCCCACGACACUGUUUUGCGUUGCAUUUCUCGUAGAUUUCAUGCAGACACAAAAUUUCAAGACACUGGUCGUCGGCUAAAGGAAAUGAAAAUCAAUAUGGCUACGAUUAAUUUCUAAAUAGUAUCUAUUAACCGUGUUAGCAUAAUAGGAGCACAAUGUUGUUUGUGUCAUUUAAUACAGUUGUGUUUAAUGUGUCCCAAUUUCUAUUGUUCAUACUCCAUCUACAAACUUUGCCAAAAUCAGAUUAGUCUAUACGAAAAACCCCCAGUUUUUUAACAGUUACAGUAUGCCGCGAGGUGGAAACAUUUUGAAUAAUCCUUUGUGUAGGUGAGGUAUGAUCCAUUGAAUGCAAUUUGCCUUUUUAUUUAGUAAUACCGUAUUAUCCGCCGGACAGUUUUGAUUCUGGAUCAAAAACUUCUGAUGAAGGCAAAUCAGUGACGAUAAAAUGUGAACCAGAAGGAAGUCCAAAACCAAUUGAAAUUAUCUGGGAAAAGAACAAUGUAAGAAUUAGAAAAACAAAUACUGAUAAUCCAAACCUGGUAUUUAGUAAUGUCACGAGAAAUGACAUCGGGACAUAUGUGUGUAAAGCAAGUAAUAAAGCUGGAAGUGCUUUAACCAAUCCUUCUACACAACUGACUGUCAAAUGUAAGUAGACGUUCAAAGUUUCCUUCGUUUUAUUCAAGAAUCACUCGAAAUAAUCAAUGGCGGACACUGUGCGACGAGGGGGGGGGGAGGAUAAUUUCGAAAGAACUAUAAAAGUCAGGUACCAAAUAUCACAAUUGACAAACAUUGUUUACUAGGAGCAAGUGGCAAGCA